AGAUCGUAGGAUAGUCAGUGGACAGAAAUCCUUGACCCACCUCACGGCCUUCGAUUGAAGCAUCUGGGCGCGAUCUCUUCGGACUGGCCCGAUCGCACGCUCGGCCUCAGAUUGAUCGAGCCUGCCAAACGGAAAAGGGCGGAAGCGCGCUCUUUCAAACUUGCCGUCCUUACGUCGAUGAACGCAGGCCACUUCCGGCGUAGCCAUGGCGGCUAACGCUACCACUAACCCGUCGCAGCUGCUGCCUCUAGAGCUUGUGGACAAAUGUAUAGGAUCCAGAAUUCACAUUGUGAUGAAAAGUGAUAAAGAAAUUGUUGGUACGCUUCUAGGAUUUGAUGACUUUGUCAAUAUGGUACUGGAAGAUGUCACUGAGUUUGAGAUCACACCAGAAGGAAGAAGAAUUACUAAGUUAGAUCAGAUUCUGCUAAAUGGAAAUAAUAUAACAAUGCUGGUUCCUGGAGGAGAAGGACCUGAAGUAUGAAUGGAUUUCCUUGACUUAAUGCUAGAUUCUGUUUUGUCUUAAAAUGACAACGAAAUAGAAAAUUUGUUUUAACCUUUUUGGAUUCUGUGAAGCUAAGUUUCCCGUUAAAGGGAAAUGCUUUGAAAAUGCAUUGUAAAUGCCCAUUUUUAUAAGUUAAUCAUGAUUAUCUCAGAAAAAGAGCGGUUUGUUCUUUAUAGACUAAAAUAAAGGUGUUUUUGGUUAACUGUCGCUUUCUUAUAAUAACCAAUGGAACAAAGAUUAUAGUUACUUUGUCACUUGCUUUCUUGCCAUUUUGGGCCUUUUGCUUCCUCAUUUAUAUGCUCAUUUGAUUCUCAAACAAAAGUUGUUCCAAAUGAUGAAGUUUGGUGUUGAACACGUGCAUUUAAAAAAUUUGAAAUGAUUUCUUAUUCAGUUCAAACUGAUGUUUUGUAAUGAGGAUUUUUCUACUGGCCUCAAAUUCUAUUAACUUUUAUAAAAAUAAACAAGCAGAAUAUACAGGUAAUAUAUGCAUGUUAUAGAAAUGCAGAAAAGCAAAAAGAAAAUACUCACAUUUUGCUUUAUAAGUCCUUUUAGAUUUUUUCAGUACACUCUAUGAACAUUUUAUUUUUACAAAAACUUGAACACACUGUUUUGUAUCCUCCAUUUAAAACUUUUUGAAUUUAAAUGAUGGACAUUUUUCCAUGUCAAAUAUGUCAGCAACAUUAAUGUCUACAUUUCAUUAAAUGGAUUUCUACUUUUUUUUUUUUUUUUAGCAUAUUCUCAUUAUUGACCACAAUAAUUUGACCAACUCUUUGCACCUUUUUUUCCCCCCUUAGGAUAAAGUAAACAUUUUUAAUAGGUUACUCUAAGUCAUGUAUUUUGCAGAUGAUUUCCCUGGUUGAUUAUUUCUAGUAAUGGUGGUUUUUUGGACUUAAAUAAUGUAUAUAGUUGUAUGUUUAUGUUAUUCUGUAUGGUUUUGUCUGUCAUAUACAUGAAUUAGAAAGACCUCAUUUGCUCUGUUUAUAUGGUUUUCUGUUACUUUUGUUUUCUUUGUUUCAUUUCGAUCUUUUAAAAAAAUAUAUUUAUUUAUUUAUUUAUUUAUGCAUGUGUAGAAGAACUGGGGUGGUAGGCCAGCAGUGCAGGGGGUGAGAGGAUUCACAAGAGACAGAGUGGGGAGCAGAACAGAUGGAUCUACUGAAAUACACUGCUACAGGGAGUAGCAGGCAAGACAGGAGAGGUCUGCUGCGCCAUAUGUGGGUUAACUCUGUGGCUGUGGAUCCAAUUCAGGCCCUCGUGGUGACAGACUGAGACUUAACACCUAGGCCACCAAAGAGGCCCAGUUUCAUUUCAAUCUCUAAUCCAUCUUCACUUUAGUGUUUCCAUGUGAAAAAAGGAUCCAACUUGUUUUUUCCCCCCAAAAACCAGAACUGAUUGGUCCUUUUAUUUUUUUCCCCAUGAUGUAAGUGCUACUGGCUGAUUACAAGCUGCUGAAGGUUUAACAGCUGGCUUGCAGACUUUGCAGAGAUUUAACAGUCUAUUGUCAGAAGGUGGCAGGAGCCUGUUGCCCCAUACCACUCUGCUUUUGAUCCUUGUUGGAGAGGCAUGCUUUUCCUCCUGUUGCUUCUUUAACUUGGGGGAAGAUUAAAUAGUGUAAUACAGUUCUUUCCUCUUUUACCUCCUCUCAUAGGGGAGUUGGACAAUCAUGCUCAAUUCUAACUUUUCUCCUCACAGGAAUUAGUUUCUUGCAGGGAGCACAUGUUCUAAGCUUUAACAUUCUAGGAAUUUAGAGGAGCCUGGCCUCACUUUGGGAGGCAUAAAGUUAUCUAUCAAUAGCUUGUGGCUACUACUGUGUUUCAGUAAUAGGAAGUUUGAUUGCUUACAGAUGAACUGUAAGGUCUAACUCACAUAAGCAUAUACUUUUAUAUUACAAUUUGUUCAGAAUGAGUACUAAGUAAGGGUUUCUUAACCUUGGCACUAUUGACAUUUUUGUCUGGAUCAUUCUUAGUUGUGGGGCUGUCCUGUGUAUUGUAGGAUGUUAGCAGUAUCCCUGGUCUCUGUUAGAUGCCAGCAAUAUCCUUCCUCUUCCUUGCCCCCUCCAUUUGUGUCAGAAAAUUACUCUAGGUAUCACCAAAUGUCCACCGAGGGCAAAAUAAUCACUUGUGGUUAAGAACCAUCAUUCUAAAUUAUAGGGAUGCUAUUUAUUUGACUCUCAAAAUCUCUUAAUACAUGUGUGAGGAAUCAUGGUUCUUGACAAAUAAAAAUUGGAGAGAAAACACUGUGACCAAGCAUUCCAAAAAUAUAAAAUAGGUGGUGGUAUGCUGAAGUGCUAUAUUUGGUGCUAACCAUAUAGAAUUUUCACUUUGGCAGGUUGCUGGUGAGAGGCUGUUUUUAUCCAGGUGUUACUUCAUUUCUGUGAAGGCAGCGCUGCAUAUGAUUCCACCCUAAAGUGAAGGUGAGGCCUUAGCGCAACAAGUAGAAAAGGCAGAAGCUCUGCUGGCUUUGGUGACUUGGGUCAGUUUUUCUUAAACUUUGGUUUGGAAUCAGAAUCACUUGCAGAUGUACUAGAGAACAUAGAGGCCCAUGCUUGUAAGGUAGGGUCUUACACCUGACACCCGUUGCCUUAAAAUAUAGGCUGUUGCAGGUGUAACUUUGAAAACAGGUGUGACUGAAACAAGGAUUUGAUUAUAGAGAUGAGAAUCUGUCAAUUUUUUUUCCCAUUUGCAGAGCUUUUGUACAUUGAUGGGUAGAAGAGUAUUUGCUUCAUUUAAACUGGAAGGCAGCUAAGUUCUGUGUAUGCGGUAGAGUACUAGUGGA